AUGUGCAUCACCAAUCUCGCCGCCAACCUCAAGUCGCUGGGUGAGACGCUGGAGGACACGCGGAUCAUUAAAAAGUUCCUGCAUGUGGUGCCUCCUCGUUUCCACAGCGUGGUCAUCUCGAUCGAGAUGUUUUGUGAUCUGAAAAAACUCAUGGUGGAGGAGUUGAUCGGGCAUCUGCGGGCGGCUGAGGAGAGGUUCGAAGAGAAGGUCGAGCAGAUCACCGACAAGGCUGGGCGGUUGCUGUUGGCCGAAGAGGAUUGGCUUGAGAAGCACAAACAUCACUUCCAGGCAGAUCGCAAGGAUGGCGGCGGCAGCGGGUCCGGUGGCGGCAGUACCGGGGCCACCAGCGGCAGUGCCGGCAAACUGACCUUUGAGGGCACGCCACGGUGGAAGGGGUGCUGCCACAACUGCAAUAUCUAUGGCCAUUGGGCCGAGGAUUGCAAGCGCCCGAAAAGAGAAAAGAAGAAGAAGGAGGCCAAGCAGCCUGAGGCGAAUGUAGCCAUGCAGGGAGAUCAUGGGGCGGUGUUGUUGAUGGCGGCGGUGGCCGGCGUCGAGCAGGCGUCCACUCAGGUCGUCCACCUGGCGGAGAAGAACGUGGUGCCCAUCGAGUGCCCUGAUGGAGUGUGGGCAGAUCCAGACAAUGAAGGUUUAUUGGGUGAUCCGGGCAGCGUGAGUCAAGGUGCUGGUGACCAUCAAUUGUCACCAAAUCCUAUUAAUACUCUAGGAAGUGCAUCUACAGGUCAGAAUCAAGCUGGUACACCAUCAACUAAUGCCUCUGAAGAAACUUGGGGAGCACCACUGAGAUUUAGAAGUCUAAAUGACUUGUUUGACUCCACUGAAAUGAUACACGAUUUCGAAUAUAGUGGUGUGUGCAUGCUGGCUGCUGAUGAGCCAAAUUGGAUCAGGAACGGAGACUGCACGUUCUGUGGUCUGACCGCUUCAUAG